AUGAUGCGGCUUAUUGUUUGCAUUGCUACUUAUUCAAACCAGAUAGAGGGGGUCAAGGGGCAUAUAUUCACUAAGAUUGGCUUUAGGGAUUGGAAGCACAAAAGUACAUUGAAAGAUCAUGUCGGGCUCAUUGAUAGUGCUCAUAAUCAAGCUUUUGCAAAGUGUACCAAUUUGAUGAAUCAAAAGCAAAGUAUCUCCCAUGUUAUUUCUAGCCAAAGUAGUAGUCAACAAAAAAAUUAUAGGACAAGGUUGACUGUGGUGCUAGACUGUACUAGAUUUCUCUUGAUGCAAGGAUUGUCAUCUCGUGGUCAUGAUGAAUCGAAAGAGUCUCUUAAUAAAGGAAAUCUGAUUGAGCUAUUAAAUUGGUAUGCAACUCAUCGUAAGAAAAUUAAUGAAGUACUAUUUAGUAAUGCUCCCGAAAAUGACCAAAUGACUUCACCAAGCAUCCAUAAGGAUUUGGUUAAUUGUUGUGCUGUAGAGACGACAAGGUCUAUGAUCAAUGAGAUGGGCGAUUCCUUGUUUUCAAUUUUGGUUGAUGAGUCUCGUGAUAAUUCUAUAAAAGAACAAAUGGCAGUUGUUUUGAGGUUUGUUGACAAAAGUGGACAAGUGAAGGAGCGUUUGUUGGGUAUUUUCCACAUCGCUGAUACUUGUGCCCAAUCACUCAAGGAUGCCAUUGAUGCAAUGUUUUCUACACAUGGGUUGAGCAUAUCUAGUCUGAGAGGUCAAGGUUAUGAUGGAGCAAGCAAUAUGUCAGGUGAGUUCAAUGGCUUAAAAGCUUUAAUUUUAAGAGAGAACCCAUGUGCUAUGUAUAUUCAUUGCUUUGCUCACCAACUUCAGUUGGCAGUUGUUUCUGUGGCACACAGGAAUGUUAUGCUUAGUGAUUUAUUUAACAUGCUUGCUAUUAUUGUGAAUUUGGUUGGUGCAUCAUGUAAACAUGUAGAUGCUCUUCUAACAAGUUAUCAUGUUGAAAUUCUGGAGAGGCUUAAUAUUGAGGAACUUUCUGGUGGAACUGGUCAGUUUCAAGAAAUGAGUUUGACACGUCCAGGUGAUACUAGAUGGGGCUCACAUCUAAAGACAGUUACUCGCUUUAUUAGUAUGUUUAAUGUGAUCAUAGAUGUUCUUGAGAAUAUAUCAGAAGACGGCAUAAGUUUACAACAAAAAUCAAUGGCCAUCAAACAGAUGGACAUUAUGCAAGAUUUUCAAUUUGUGUUCAGUCUCCAUUUUAUGUUUGAAAUUAUUGCAAUUACAGAUGACCUUUCACAAGCCUUACAGAAAAAGGAUCAGGAUAUUCAUAAUGCUAUGAGAUUAUUGAAGUUGUAUAAGUACGCAUUGCAGAACAUGAGAGACAAUGGUUGGGAUACUUUGUUGAGUAAGGUAAUUCAGUUUUGUGUUGAUAGACAUAUUUCAGUGCCCGAUAUAGAUGAUAUUGUAGUAUCGAAAGGUCGACCUAGGCGUGCAAGUCAGCAGGUGACUUAUUAUCAUUGUUUUUAUGUUGAUUUGUUUUGUUAUGUGAUAGAUUCAAUCUUGCAAGAGUUGAAUGAUCGUUUUUCAGAAACAACUACUAAGCUUUUUACUUGCAUUUCGUGUUUAAGUCCAAGAGAUUCAUUUGCAGCUUUUGAUGUAUGUAAAUUGGUUCGACUUGCUCAGUUAUACCCUAUGGAUUUCAAUAGUGAAGAGCUUUUAUUACUUAGACCUCAACUUGACAAGUUUCUUAUGCUCGUGAGAAUGGAUGAAGCUUUCUUCAACCUCAAAAGCAUAUCUUGUGUAGCUCAGAAGUUGGUUGAAACUGGAAGUUCUUGUUAUUUUUCAUUGGUUUAUAGGCUGAUCACAUUAGUUUUGAUAUUACCUGUGGCAACUACAAGUGUUGAAAGGGUAUUUUCUACUAUGAAUCUAAUCAAGAAUGAUCUGCGCAACAAAAUGGGAGAUGAAAUGUUGAAUGACAAUUUGGUAGUUUACAUGGAGAGAGAUCUUUUUAUGAAACUUGAGAAUGAGACAAUAUUGCAACGUUUUCAAAAUAUGUGA